CUACCCUCUUCGCCAUGUCGGCGUGGUGAUCCCGACCUCGAGCACAGGGUCUCGACAAUCUUGUGUCAGCUCAGUUGCAUCGCGUCGUGAGAGUCGACAGCUGAGCGAUGUCGUGACCGCAAACAUGUGAUCCUCUUGUUUCUGAAGCUCCGCUGGGGCAGCUUUCGAGCUUCCAUUUGUACAAGGGGCUGAAACAGUUUCUUGCAACUGAGCCAACGUCAAAGAUCCUGCCCUGUCGAGGUCUCUGCUCCUCCAGCUUCGACCCGAUUGAGACCAUCAUAAUGAGCUCGACCAGCAUGGCCAGGCUUUGGACCGCGUCUUUCGUGUGGGUUUGAGCUGGACGGCGUGAUCCAGCAACGUCGAUGGCAUCCACCAUGGAAACUGCCGAUUGAUUCGGCGGAUCCAGGCUGCACGAUGUUCAAACAGAUUCGGUUGGGUCUGGCGCCAACCUGCGCCUGUCAAACGCGGCAUCGCACCCCAGAUAUGCCGACCCAGAUAUCUUACACGGCUGGGAGCAAAGCCCAAUUCUUCAGAGACGUGGGUCCUUGUCUCUUGUUACGCUCAUGAGCUGAGUUGAGCUGUACACUGCGCCCAUUGGUCGUCUUAGGUGAACAAAGAUGAGCAUGACAAAGGACUGCUACAACAAUGGAGCAAAACGCACCAUUGCUGGAUGGUGGAAAGCACUUCUCAACUGCGGCAAUGACGCCUGAUCUUUGCAAACUCCAUUCUCGAUAUAUAUAUCAAAUUAUUGAAGUCGCCAACACCAAACGGCCGCGAUACAAUUGGAGAAUCCUGACCUGGUUGAUCCUAGUCAAUGUCACAACAAUCAUGAACCUCAUAUCACUAGGCGGAGAGUCUGAUUCUACCAGUGAUGAUUCUACCGCACCUGCCACGCAAUACUGCAAUGCGGCAUCAAUGGGGUUAUUCACUGGAUCGAUAUUUUCACCACCGCUGCCAGCUUUUCCUUCGCCAAGUAGCACCACCGCCCUCGACUAUUUCACUGCCUCAGCCUCGAAUUUCAAAACAAAGCGCUUCCCCAAAUUCUCAAACCUUCAGCACAUCCAUACUCUUUCUCUCUACCAUACUCUGCUCUUGAACUCAUCAUCUACCUUGUUAAAGCACUUCCAUACCUCCUUCAUACUCAAGCUCUAGAUUAGAGAGAUCACGAAUACCGGCGCAAUGGCUGGAUUCAACACCAUCCUCUACGCGUUGACAGCGAUGCUGUUCUUCCUCCAAGAGAAAACCAAUGAUUGCCUGUCGGCUCUCAACUUCAACACCUUCCGAAACAUCCUGACCAUCACGGCACCGGAGGUUGAGUUCGUCACUCAAACCAUCCGCUACACUCAGACCACAACCCUCUCGGCCUCGACAAGCACGGUCGUUGGACCAGUGACCACUGUGUUUACAACCACUUACCGCGCAUCGGCUACUGGCGCUACAACACACCAUGACCCAACCUACAUGACCUUUGUCGACCGUAACCCCUGGGAUGGCCUUCUCAUCUUCGCUCUCCUCAUCACUGUCAUGACCAACAUAACCGUUUUCACCCUUGCCAGUCGCCUCCGGAAAGAGAGAACAUCGGUCACACAGACGCACAUUCACCAAAAGUCGGGAUUAAAUCUUGAAGACAUCACAGCGUUCUGGUCACGCAUGAAGUCAACUUACGCAUCCACUUGCAACACAAUCAGCCCGAUGUGGCAAGCUUCCUGGCCUAAGGGCCUAUCCAUCGUGUCCUCUGGUUUCGGCUAUUCGCUGAUUGCUCUUGGCGCACUUUUCUCCUGCCUCUGCUGGAUCAUGAUGAUGAUCUUCACACACGUGAUGAUACGUGUUUACAACACUGGGCCGUAUGUCCGCGCAGCUGUUUGCUGGUUCCUAUGGGAUCUUGUUGCAAGUAUUUUGGUGACAGUCAUCGACCCCUUCCGCAGUGCAUACCAUUCAUGGAAGACUUCUACACCUAGCAGAUGGGUAUCAUUCAACACCACGACGCCAUCUCGACGCAAUCUGACAGGUACUCCACGGCAACCCAACCACUUCUCACCACCAUACACACCUGCAAGUGCUCAUGGAAGAGCAUCAGAUACCGGCAGCCUGCAUGAAACCCAAGCACUCAAAAACGAGAUUGCAGAUUUGCAGCAACGCCUCCGAGCCGAGAGAGACUCACACGAUGCCGCAACUCAGAGCGAAAGACAACUCAAAGGAGAUCUCGAAGACACGAGACGCCAAUUGAACUCUGCGAGUGCAAGACUGAAUUCUCAUAACACAUACAUCCGCUUCAGAAGUGUUAGACGUCCCAACUUUUCUGGUCAGAGUUCAAGGACUACCGAAGACAGGGGUGUCCAAACCACUCCAGAGGAUAACAUCGAUCCAGUGGCUGCAGCUGAAACCCAGAUUCCCGACCACUCCCAGCCUUCCUCUCCUGCCGAACGGGUCCCUCAACAGACGUCGCGACCGAUCAAGCCGCGUUUCAACCCGAAAUUCCGUGCCACAAACCUCCACAAGCGACUAAUGAAGUCGCGUUCCAGCACGACGGUUACGUACGUCCAAGGUUUGAAGACCCUCACAAGACGGAAGGCUCAGGUUGGCGCGCUUAAGCAAACUCUGCAAGCGAAGGACACCGAAAUCAAGGAUCUCCAGCAAGCGAAGGACGCCGAGAUCAGUGAUCUCCAACAACAACUCAGAGACCAAAGUUUUGGCGACACUCUUAAGGAACUCGACGAGAAAGAGCGGCAGAUUGACCAUCUCCGGAACGAGGCAAAUGCCAAAGAGCAAGAGCUGAGAGACGCGAUGGCACAGAAAGAUGCGGUCGCCGAGAAGAACAAGGCCCAGGACAACAAGUACACUGAGGACCUGUUCGAGAAAGAAGAGAGAAUCGGGCAGCUUGAGGACGACCUCGAGGCCAAAGAGCAGGAAAUGCAGGAGAAGGAUGGGAAGAUCGCGCACCUGGAGAACGAUCUCCAUGACAAAGGAAAAGAAGUCCAGUCGGUGAAGGCGAGUCUCCUUGAGGUCCAGAGUGACCUUAUGGCUAAAUUAUUCGAGAAUCUCGAGCUACAGCCAAGUGCGGAAGAAAAGGACGAGGAACUGGCGAAGUUGAAGAAAUUCGCGCGGGACGGUGAGGCCCUCCUCAUCGAAGCUCGAGAAGAGCUUGGCGCUCUGAGCAAGGAGUUCGUGGAACUACAGGCUGAGAAUCAACGCCUGCGUGCGGCCCAAGAUGGCCAGAACCUCCAGCAGACGUUGGAGGAGGCACGCCCACAGCUCGCCUGGCAAGAGCAGAACUUUGAGGAGGACCGUAUGGACUUUUUGGCAGAAGCCAGCGGCCCAACGAUGGUUGAGCAUUCUCACUGGAGUCCAUACCAGUUUGAUCCUGUUGACGACGAAGUCAACAUGGACACCUCCUGCAAGUCGACGAUGGCCGAGCAGCCAACGACCACCGACGAUGCGGACAUGGCAAUGCCCGCUGAUGCAUCAAUGGAAGGUGCUCAGCAAGAAGACACGUUCCAGGAUAACGGGAUUCCUGGACUCGGCCUCCUCGGACAAGAACCAUGGGGAGCUUCUGAAGUCAGUGGCAUAGCGCCAAUGCAUGGUGCUCCUCUUGAUUUCUCCCUCGACUAUGCAUUGCCGGAUCUUCCUGCGUUCUCCUUUGAUGAGAACAUGCAAACCAGUCCUGCCUUCGCCUUUGGUCAGCCAACACUGACUCCUCCUGGGAUGUUCUCCUUCGCACAUCCAACUCCAGCCCCAGCCGACCAUGCCAUGGACAUGGCGGAUGAUAUCGACUGGGCUUCGUGGAUAGAUACCUCCCUUCUCGAUGGAGGACAGAACACCGAACCUUUGCAGAAUGCUUCUGCCUUGUUCUCUGCUGGUGAUGCAAAUCAAGCCCCAGCCGACCAGACCAUGGAGAUGGACGAUGAUGCCACCCCAUGUGGGUACACAGAAGCAUCGCCCGUUGGUGGAGACCUGGAAACUGCAGCCACUGAGGCUGACAACGUGGACUCGCGAGUGCUCCUCCUCCAGGAGAUCCAAAACGACCAGCCGUGUGAGCCGCCGACAGGACCUCCGGCCGAGACCACCAACAUGGAGGAAGGGGCAUCAAGCCUCAACCCAUCGACAGGCGCUGAACAGGAGGAGAGGACCUCCGCGCCUACCUCAUAUGUGCCCAGUGACGAGGACUAUGAGGAGUUGGAGGCAGAGGUUGGCGACCUUUACACUGAGCCGUCAAGCAGCAGAUCCGCGCCAGCAGUGCCUGGCCGAGCCAUCCUGAAGCCGGUGUCUCAACGCAAGACAAGAACGGCACAAUCAACAAGACUGGCAAGCCCGACAAGACCGGCAGAACCGGCAAGAGCGGAAUCUCCGCGAAGAAACGCCUUCGAGAAUCUGAAGAACACCAGUCCAGUGUUCGUGUUCAAUCCGACCGCGCCACCAACCGUGGCAGUCCCGGUGGUGCCUUCGCGGCAAUUUGUUCCAGGACCAGCGUCGUCUGGAAUGGUGUUCGAGGCAAACUUGCCGCCAACCCCCAUGCGGGGCCAGGCUCAAGUGCAAGUGCCAGCACCAGCACCGGUGGCCACUUCGGCCGGGCCCGUCUCAAGAGCGCCGCAGACGGCAACAACGCCUGCGUACCAUGAGACGGCGCAUGGUGCACCCAGACUCGAAGCGUCUGGGUUCUUGAAACAGAUGAUCGCUGACGCGAGGAGGGCGGCGGCGGCGGCGGCGGAGGAGGAGGAGGAGGAGGAGGAGAGCAGCAAGGAAGAGAGCGAGGAGGAGUAAGGGGAUGGACAGAGAGGGAGAGGGGGCUUGGGGUUGGGAAACGGAAAGGAGCAGGAUUUUUGGAAGAGCAGGAUGGGAUUGGGAGGAGAACGAUGAUGACAGGGGGCUGCAAAUGAUGCGCCUUUAUGGGACACCAGAGAUAUCUAAGUGGAAAGAGCAGGAUGGGAUUUGGGAGGAGAACCGUGAUGACAGGAAGGGAGCGGAUAAUGCGCCCCUAUGGAACCCCAGGGAUAUCCAAACGGGAAGAGCCACGAGUUAACGGGCUGUGUUUUGUGUGUGAGUUGUGAUUGCAAUGGGGCCAUAUGGCCAUGAAAUGGACGUCUUCAGCAAGAUAAAGAGGCGUCAUCAAGAAGCAAUCGAGAACAGUAUGCAGAUAGUCGAAGCAUUGCAUUUGACAUCGCCA